AUGGAAUCGAUCAAUUUGCCAGCAGUGAAGCUCAUUAUUAAUGAAGUAGAUUUUAGAUUUGCAUCAACAGCAAACAAAAUAGCAGUUAUUGAUACUCGAAGAAGCAGUGAUCAAAAGCUUGGUGAAAGAUCAAUUGUAGUUAGUAUCUGUAGUCAGUUGCCGUUACAUGAUGAAGUAGCGUAUGCCACUACUACUACUACUAUUGUUACUACUACAACUACUGCUAUUACCACUACUUCUAAUAACAAUAAUAGUUAUUUGCCCUUACCUGCUAUAAGAGCAGCAAUAGGAGCAUCUGAAGCAACCAUAUUGAGAACAGCUACUACUAUUACUUCAGCGAAGCAGAUUGAUUUUACAAGUCAAGCAGAAAGUGCUGUCCUAGAUAGGAUUGUAAUUCGUUCAAGAGAUAUCAAUGGUGAUAGCGAGUCAAGUCAGCUGACACCUAUGGAUGCUUUUCCAGCAGCACAAGGAACACAAACGUACUUAAGUUACUACUUUUGUUUGAAGCAUGAAGACAUUUCGUUGUGA